GCGCGCAGUAUGCAAAACAAUGCCGAAACGUGCAGUUCACCAACGGCGGCCCAACUAAAGGACCAAACUAAACUCGAAUCCUGAUCGUUGAACUAAAGUUAAAUCAACAAAAUUAUUCACCAGCAGCAGUAACAAUAGUUUUCAUAAUCGCGCGCACAAAAUAAACAGAAAGCCAGUGAAGGGAAGGAGGAGUAGGGCGGGCCAACUAGAUAGCCCCGCCAUUUUCCAUUGGCCUGCAACUAAUGCAAAUUAGCAGCCAAAAUGCUUACAAAAUAAACAAAUAAUUCUACUCCCCGGCCAAACCGCAGCCGCUUCCACAUCACAAAUAAAUCAGACGGAGAGUGAAAAAUAACAUUAGCGGGAAAUUCGAGAAAUUGCAGAAGCGGUUGCCAAAUAUUUUGAGAACCUCAAAAGUGCGUACUGUGUGCGGUAUCGGAACGAUGAGUGGCUAGAAGACACAAUAUAUUCAAGCGAAACAAGCCCCUAAAGGAACAUGUUUGAAUAGAAAAUCUUCAAGUUGUUAACAGAUUGCUUGACAUCCGGACCACCAGUAUGGACCAGCGACCAGAAACUGAUUAAAAUAAUUAAAUUUGCGAGCGAAUGAGGAAAACAUGCUGAGCUGGCUGAUGAUGGGUCUCGUACAGCUAGUGAGUGGCGAUAUAUCCCCCGAUUUCUAUGCCAACAGCACGGGUUGGAUGGCCAAUAAUGAGAGUAUAUAUACCACGGAAUUGAAUCAUCGAUGGAUUAGCGGAAGUGGCUCCACAAUCCAACCGGAGGAGCCUGUCUACGGCACUGAGCUGCCCACCUACCAGCAUUGUAUAGCCACCCGGAACUCCUUGGCGGAUCUUUUCACAGUCGUCCUCUAUGGCAUUGUCUGCAUUAUUGGCCUCUUUGGCAACACACUCGUUAUAUAUGUGGUGCUGAGGUUUUCCAAAAUGCAAACGGUUACGAAUAUUUACAUCUUGAAUCUGGCGGUGGCGGACGAGUGCUUCUUGAUUGGCAUUCCCUUUCUGCUCUACACGAUGCGUAUCUGCAGCUGGCGGUUCGGGGAGUUCAUGUGCAAGGCCUACAUGGUCAGCACCUCCAUCACAUCCUUCACGUCCUCGAUAUUCCUGCUGAUUAUGUCGGCGGAUCGCUACAUAGCCGUGUGCCAUCCAAUCUCCUCCCCCAGAUACCGUACUCUGCACAUAGCCAAAAUAGUCUCGGCCGUGGCCUGGACCACGUCGGCGGUGCUGAUGCUGCCCGUGAUUUUGUACGCUAGUACGGUGGAACAGGAGGACGGAGUGAACUACUCCUGCAACAUCAUGUGGCCGGAUGCGUACAAAAAACACUCGGGCACCACCUUCAUCCUGUACACGUUUUUCCUGGGCUUUGCCACUCCGCUGUGUUUUAUUCUCAGUUUUUACUACCUGGUCAUACGGAAGCUGCAGUCUGUGGGCCCCAAACACGCCACCAAGUCAAAGGAGAAGAGGCGGGCCCAUCGAAAGGUCACUCGGCUGGUUCUGACCGUCAUUACGGUCUAUAUCUGCUGCUGGCUGCCCCACUGGAUGUCCCAGUUGGCGCUCAUCCACUCGAACCCGGCUCAGAGGGACUUGUCCCGCCUGGAGAUACUGAUUUUCCUACUACUGGGCGCCCUGGUCUAUUCAAAUUCGGCGGUAAAUCCCAUACUGUAUGCCUUCCUCAGCGAGAAUUUCCGGAAGAGCUUCUUCAAGGCGUUUACGUGUAUGAAUCAGCAGGAAAUUAAUGCCCAGUUGCAGGUGGAGCCGAGUGUCUUCACAAAGCAGGGAAGUCGCCGGCGCGGAGGCUCGAAGAGACUGCUGACCACCAAUCCGCAGAUGCCACCGCUACUACCGUUGAAUGCCACUGGUAACAACAACUCAUCGACCACCACAUCCUCCACAACGACGGCGGAGAAGACAGCCUCCACGGGGGCUCAGAAGUCCUGUAAUUCCAAUGGAAAAGUGGCGGCUCCGCCGGAGAAUCUGAUUAUUUGCUUGAGUGAGCAGCAGGAGGCCUUCUGCACGACCGCCAGGAGAGGAUCGGGGGCAGUGCAGCAAACUGACUUGUAAUCUAUUUUAUACAAGAAAAUUAAAUACAACAAAAUGUAAGAAACAAAACGUUAUUAUUUAGCUAAGACUAAGCAGUAUUAGAGUGGAAAAUGAAAAGUAAAAAUACACCGCACAACGAUUAACUAGCAAUAUGUGAAUUAUCUUGAAAAGAAUUUGAUUAAAAUAAAAUCCCUAUUUCAUAAUUAAAUAUUAAUUUAAGCCCCUAAGCUGCCAAUAUUCUCUCCAAUCCGCUUAUACCUAAGACUCUUAAACUUAAAACUCCACCUUUGACACUAAACUUCUUGACUUAAACUUAAGAAAAUUGCAACUUCUGCAGUUCAGAUAUCACAAUUAACCAAUUAGGUAAUUACACUAAAUUAUGCAAUUAAAAACGCAUAAGACAGGAUUGCAUAAAAUAAGCAGCUUAGCCAGAGCCAGAGCCAAGUCAGCCAGAACUCUCGUAAAAUGGCAAAUAAAAAACUUUUUACGAGGGCAACUGGCGUUGGAUAAAACCAGAUGAGUCAAUCCAACAGAGUAUAGAGGUCUGGAAAGGCUGAGUUUUAAUUGAAAAACUAAGGAAGCCCCCGAAAGCUGGCACUUUUUACAGUGUCAGAGUGCAUUUCCCCCAUAAUUUGUCUUUCCCGAAUGAAAUUAAAACAAUGAAUAAUUUAAUUGUCACUGGGUGCAUACUAAUGACAGACCCUAAUAUUUAUUUUCCAAAUUGAAACGAAAAUGAAUAAAUAAACUGAAUUGAUUUGGCAAACAGUAUCUCAUGGAAUGAGCUGAAUAUUCUGUAAUGUAGGCUAAGUAAGUGAAUUAUGUAAAUGUGCUUGGAUGUGUGUCAAUAAAGCAAAGUUUGUAUAAAAUAUAUUA